AUGCGUUGUCUUUCCACAGUUCAAUUUCGUCUGUCCAUUAAUGGCUAUCUUACUGACCCUUUUCAUUCAACGCGUGGUAUUAGGCAAGGGGAUCCCCUUUCUCCCUAUCUUUUCCUUCUAAUUGCUGAGGGUCUUUCUGCUGCAACUCGUUUGCAAGAAUCUCAGGCUCUGUUUUCUGGCAUUCAGAUUUGCAGGGGAGCCCCACCAUUAUCUCACCUCUUGUUUGCUGAUGAUAGCAUGGUUUUCUCUCCUGUUCAUCCUCAGGCCAGUGCUUCCCUAAAUGGUAUUCUUGAUCUCUACAAUAAAGCUACAGGCCAGCUAGUGAAUAGAGAGAAAUCCUCCAUUCUCUUCUCCCCCAAUACCUCUGCUGAGUCCCAGAAUCAAUUUCGUCAAGAUCUUCACCUUAUGGGAGAAGGUUUCAUUAGUAAGUACCUCGGUGCUCCCCAUUGUGUGGCCAGGGUUUCCAAUUCCAUGUUUCACUACUUGCUUCAAAAAGUUUCUUCCAAGCUUAAAUCAUGGAACGAAAAAUUUUUCUCUAGGGCUGGUAAAGAGACUCUUAUUAAAGCGGUGGUCCAAGCAAUUCCCUCUUUUGCUAUGUCCAGUUUCAAAGUUCCCAAAUCGAUUUGUUCAAAAAUUCAAAGUUUGAUUGCUAAAUUUUGGUGGGGAUCUCAAGGUACUAACAAAAUUCACUGGAAGAACUGGGAUUCUAUUUCUGUUUCAAAAUUUUUUGGGGGCCUGGGCUUCCGUAUUCUUUCUUCUCAUAACCAAGCUCUUUUAGCUAAGCAGGCUUGGCGUACUUGGAAUGAUAGGAAUUCCCUUCUCCAUUCUGUUCUUAAAGCCCGAUAUUUCAAAAAUUCUGAUUUCAUGAAUGCCCCUUCUGGUCACAACUCUUCUUUCACCUGGAGAAGUAUUCUUUGGGGUCGCCAUUUACUUCAAAAGGGGUUGGUUUGGAAGAUUGGCACUGGAACUAGUAUUCCCUUAUCUGCACCUAAUUGGAUUCCCAACACUAAGCACCCUAUUCUCUUGCACUCUCUCCAUCAAUCCCAAGCUUUUGUCUCUUUCUUCAUUAAUGAUGACUCAACUUGGAACACCCGUAAGCUUAAACAUUACUUCCCUCCUUACCAAGUUGAUCGUAUCCUCACAACCCCCAUUGAUCCUCUAUCUUCAGAUUCGCUUAUUUGGGGCUUUCACUCCUCAGGUAUUUUAACAGUCAAAUCUGCUUACCAUCUUGCCUGCACUCUUCAUUCUGCUCAAGUUCCUUCCUCUUCCAAUCCUAACCCAUACUUUCAUUGGUGGAAAACCCUCUGGUCUCUCCCUGUUCCUCCCAAGAUUAAACAUUUUAUUUGGAGAGCUUUCCACCAUAUAUUGCCAUGUUCUCUCAAUCUUUUUCAUAAAAGGAGUCUCCCUGACCCACUUUGCUCAAUCUGUGGGUACGACAAGGAAUCAGUCUCUCAUGCCCUUAUUGGUUGCACAAGAGCAAAGUCUAUUUGGAAGUCUUCAACUUUUAAACAGUUUUACUUGUCUUAUUAUAGAAGUGACAUCAAGGACUUUCUCUUACAGGCUUUUCAAGUUUUGCCAAAGCAGGAGUUCCAAGUCUUUAUCACUUUCAUUUGGCAAAUUUGGAAUACUCGAAACUCUAUACUUUUCAACAAGAAUCAUACUACUAACAAUGUGGAAGAAUUUGUUGUUAAUUACUUGCAGGAGUACAAGGAUGUACAACAUUCUCAAAAACAUGACACUCAGCCAUCCGAAGUUUCAAGCAUCACUCAGUCCUCUCAUCAGCAUUGGCUUCUUUCCUUGUCACCUGAUACUCCUGCUCUGUUUGUAGAUGCAGCCCUCGACCAUCAGGCAGGCCUAACUGGUGCUGGUUUUGUUUUCAAAAGGGGAUAUCAGACUGUGUUGGCUUCUCAAUCCCGGAGGCUGCCUGGUGUUGUCUCGCCCAUCUUCUCAGAAGGCCAAGCUCUUUUACAAAGUCUCAAGUGGUGCAUUGAUUCCCAGUUUACUCCUCAAGUUGUUUUCUCGGAUUGUCUAAAUUUAGUCUCAAAAGUAAAUGGAGAUUGA